CGACUGUCAAGCUGGCAUUCAUCAAAAGUAUCAACUUGCAUUCAUUGAGGCACACUAGGAACCAUAGAUGACCAUGCCAAGCGUCCGCAUCGCCGCCUGCCAUGUCUCGCCCGUCUUUCUCUCAGCCAAAGACACCACCAAAAAGGCCAUCUCCUUGAUUGAAGAGGCAGCAAAGGCCAAGGCAAAUCUAAUCGUCUUUCCCGAAUCAUUCAUCCCGGCAUUCCCAAUCUGGAGCGCCAUUCGAUCGCCCGCUGAAAAUCAUGAUUUGUUCAAGCAAAUGGCUAUUGAAUCCAUCUACGCCGAUGGAGAUGAAGUAAAUGCCCUCCGCAACGCAGCGCAAAAGCACAAUAUCAUCAUCAGCAUCGGCAUAUCCGAAAAAGUCCGAUGCAGCAGUGCCACAUUAUUCAAUUCCAACCUCAUCAUUGGAAGUGACGGGGAGGUCCUCGUGCAUCAUAGAAAGCUAAUGCCGACAUUUUUCGAAAAAUUGGUCUGGGCACCUGGUGAUGGAUACGGGUUGAACGUUGUCGAUACGGGGAUAGCCAAGAUUGGGAAUCUCAUCUGUGGCGAGAAUACGAACCCCCUGGCCAGAUAUGCGCUUAUGGCGCAGGGAGAGCAAAUUCAUAUCUCUACUUGGCCGGCUAUCUGGCCCACGAGACUGUCGCAAUCUAGAGAAGGUGAACAUGCAAAUGAAUCGUCAGGCAACGACAACUACGAUAACGUUGCGGCAAAUAAAAUCCGGGCUGCUGCUCAUUGCUUCGAGGGGAAAUGUUUUGGAGUUUUAUGCGCAGGAGCUUUAGGAAAUGAUGCUAUCGAAGCCAUUGCAUCCAAAUCAUCAACUCUACGUCACACAAUGGAGCAAUCGCAACGCGGCGCAACAAUGUUCUUGGAUCCGACUGGACGGCAGUUGCCUGCGUUUACAGUGAAUUAUGAAACGGGAGAGCAGCAGGCUACCGAUCUUCUUCAGCAUACUGAGGGCAUAUUGUAUGCAGAUAUCAAUGUUGAAGAUUGCAUUGAAGGGAAGCAGUAUCACGAUGUGGUGGGUGGUUACCAGCGCCUGGAUGUGUUUGACCUCAAAGUCGAUCGAACGCGUAGACAUCCCGUGACCUGGACAUAGCAAAGAAAUACUUGUGAAUUAAACCUUCAUUUGCCUCCAUCCAUUCUGUCAUCGUUUCCGCACACCCAAUCGGGAAUAGUACCUUUUGUACUGGACCCACUCUGCCCAUCCAUGGCUAUAAAUUCAGAGGCAACGUUUAUUCUUGGGCAGCCAGUUAUAUUCUUCCAUAGCUUUUGCACACCAGAUAGAGUAACAAGCUCCAG